AUGUUUUUGAUCGCAUUGUUCGCCGGUCUGUUCGUGGUAUCUUGUACAGCGGCUGACGCGGAGGUACCGCCACCAGUUCUGGCGGUUGACCCAACUGCUCCACCAUCCCACAAGAGCUGUCCGCGGAGAAAUGCAUACAUCAAAAUGGAUGGAGACUGUGAUACCUAUGUAGAGUGCAAGGAUUUCGUGCCCGUCCAAAUGUCAUGUCCGGAUGGUCUGCAUUACGAUCCCGAUGUAGAAUGGCCCAACUACCCUUGUGGCUACCCUAUGGAUGUUCAGUGCAAGGGUCGAAGCGUGCCACAACCUGCAAAACCAACUGCUGACUGUCCUCACCAAUACGGCUACUUCCCUUCUCCUCUCGCUGGGCCUAACGAUUGUGGACAGUACCGGUUCUGCUUGGAUGGAAAACCCAUUGAAAUGGAGUGCCCCACUGGACUAGCUUUCAACCCUGACUCCGGCCGCUGCGACUGGCCUGGCCACGUGAAGUCAUGCAACGUUGAAGCUUUCCUUGGUUUCACCUGCCCUCCAGCCACUUACGACGAGAGUGGAGACGCUAUAGUGACCAACCACAGAUACAAGGGUAACUGUUACGCCUUCUACUCUUGCAAGGCUGGUGGUCAUCCCCGCCUACUCUCCUGUGAUGCUGGUCUAGCGUUCGACGAAGCCUCCGGCCGGUGCGAAGAUUCUGACCGAGUGAAGUGUGCUAAAACCUCUUCAGCUGCACCACAGCCAGCAGCACCGCAAUAA